AAAGAAUUGCUUCACUUUAGGAGAAAUGACAAAACCAAAGCAUAUUUUGGCCCACGACGACUGCUACUUUUUUGUGGGAAUAACUGGGCCGUCCAGCUCAGGCAAAUCAACAGUCUCGAAGGUCCUCCAAUAUCUUUUCAAUCAGCUUUCGCAGCAUAAAGAUGGUCAUACAAAUGGAACAAAUAAUAUGCAUUCUAGCUCGAUCAGCUCUGUAAUAAUAUAUGAAGAUGAUUUCUACAAGUCUGAUGCUGAAAUGCCAUUCAACGUCGAGCAACACCAGUUGGAUUACGACUGCCCUGAUUCGUUGCAUAUGGAUAGAUUCAUCAAUGAGCUAAGGUUCAUAAAGAAACAUAACAAACUAUCUGAUCAGCUACUUGAACUCGGAUUGGAUUCUGAUCAGGAUCACAGUUUUGAUCCCAAGCUAAUACCUCAAAAUGAAUUGGAUCAAUUGAGCUUGAAGCUUUCAAAUUUUUGGCUUGAUUUCGUGAAUUCAAAAAGCAAUGUCAGCUCUAAAACGAAAAUCAGCUUGAAAAUUGUAAUAAUUGAUGGCUUUUUACUUUUUCAUGACGACGCUAUCUUGGAUUUGCUUGAUUUAAAGCUAUUUUUCAGAUUGCCUUAUGAUCAACUCAAAUCAAGAAGAUUAAACAGGAAUGGUUACAUUACUUCUGAUGGUCUUUGGAUUGAUCCGCCAAACUAUUUUGACGAUCUUGUUUGGCCAUCAUAUAUCAAGUACCAUAAGCACUUGUUUGAAAACGAUGAUAUGGAAAGAGGCGAGUUGAGUGUCAAUUACAAAGAUUCCAUCCAGUUGUUGGAUCUUAACAGCCAUCAAAGCUUAUAUGGAAUCAUGAGCAACUGCUUAAAUCUUAUUUUCAAUUCCUUAAAUACAUAUAUUCCCGAAGUACAUUAACAGAAAAGACAAAAUAAAAAUUAAAAAACACAAUUCGAAAUCAUGAAUAACUUUUAUUAAAAAUGUAGGAACGAAAAGAAAGUCUAAAAUUGAAUUAAAAUAAAACAAAAAAAAAAAAUAAACAAAAUAAAUUGAAGUCAAAACUAAGCACUGAAAAUGUUUAAUCAUAUCUCUUUGGGUAUGCAAGCUUCAAUCAAGCUAUUACCAUUGAUCAUUGUAUCCGUCAAAAUAAU